ACAGUAGGGCUGGGCAGAGACUGGAAAAGUGGAGGUUCUUUCCUAACGCCGAACCCCGGUGGGGUUUGGGUCAGGAAUAGCAAAGGAGCAGGCAAAGGUGCAGAGGGCAGCCUGGGAAGGGCAUAAGGAAGAGGAAGAACGCAGCCCCCAGGCCGGGGCCCAUCAUCGCGUGAACGCAGCCUUCCACUGCCGAACGCGAGAAGACAUCUCCGUGGAGCAGAGAACACGACAGGAGCUGCAGCUGUUCUACAUCCCUGAGAGGGAGGAGAUGUUUCACCGUGGCCUAGGGCUGAACCUGACCAGUGGGCAGUACACAGCCCCCAUCGCAGGGUACUACACCUUCACCACCACGCUGCACGUCGUGCACAGGGAGCCGCCGAAGAAGAGGCAGGGGUGCCGGGGGACGCGCCUGCGCGUGCUGAUCUGUGUGCAAUCCCGCUGCCAGCACAACAGAAAUUUGGAGACUUCGUCCCGGCUGGAGAGCAGGGGUGACCUGUUCACCAUCUCUGUCACCGGAGUCCUUUACCUGCAGGCUGGGCAGUACGCCUCUGUUUUUGUGGAGAACGCUGCAGACUCUCCCCUCACUGUUCGAAGGGGCUCUGAUUUCAGCGCCGUUCUGCUGGGGGUGUGAAGAGGCACCAGGCAGGGCACUGAACUUGUGCCAGGAGCAGCCAGACCCUUCCCUUUGCCAGCCACAAUCACAUCUCCCCUGCUCAGCACCGAGCCCAGGGAAGACCAUUUGCUCUUGCAGGAAUUGCAGUCUGGUCUGAUACUGCUCGUGCUGCAGAACCAGCUGAGGAUGAACAAAAGAUCAUGGAGAAGAUGAUAAUAAAACAGCCUGACAAGGACCUAAAGGCAUUCACUUUUAACUUAAGGCUAGGCCUGGAAAUUUAUCUUGGAAAAUGCUGCUGACAGUGGCAGAUGUCAGAUGGU